AUGGGCAAUAAAGCCCAGACCGAACCCAGUUCCCUCCAUACAGAGAACAUCGCCGAUCUCCCUUCAGAUACGCAUGAUGAGAACCAUUUUCAGCCAGGGUGGAAGCCUGGAACGCGGCCGGAUGGGGACACUGCCAUGGCUCUCUUCAACGACCCGGAUGCCCCUCAUGAAGAGAUUGACCCCUCGGAGGCAAGGAAAUUGCUUCGGAAGAUCGACUUGAUGAUUCUGCCUUACCUGGCCGUUUGUUAUGCAUUUUUCUAUAUUGAUAAGACCACCCUUAGUUAUGCGGCGAUCUUUGGGAUCCAGGAGGAUUUGAAUCUCCAUGGCACACAAUACAGUUGGCUGUCGAGUGUAUUCUACUUCGGAUUCCUCGCUUGGGCCUUUCCGACCAAUUUCCUUAUGCAACGCUUGCCUAUAGGAAAAUAUCUUGGUGCGAACAUAUUCAUGUGGGGAGUCUUUCUUAUCAUCCAAGCCGCUUGUCAUAAUUUCGCCACUCUUGCUGUCUUACGAGCCUUGGGAGGCGCAGCCGAAGCUUGCGCCGACCCAGCUUUUAUGCUUAUAACGAGCAUGUGGUAUACGAGACGCGAGCAGCCGGUACGAAUUGGACUAUGGUAUACGGCCAACGGUCUUGGAAUUGCACUCGGUGGCCUACUAGGAUAUGGAAUAGGGCAUAUUAGAGGAGCACUUCCUUCGUGGAAGUACGAGUUCAUUGUGAUUGGCUGUCUUUGUUCAACCUGGGGUAUAGUGAUGUUCUUCUUGCUUCCUGACUCGCCAGUGACAGCGCCUCUGCUUAGCAAACGAGAGCGUCGUAUUGCAGUCGAGCGGCUUCGCGAGAAUCAAACUGGUGUUGAGAACAAGCACAUCAAACUGCACCAGAUUCGAGAAGCCUUCCUAGACUACAAACUAUACUUUUUCUUCGCCUUGGGCUUAGUCUGCAACAUACCCAACGGUGGAAUCUCCAACUUUGGAACACUCAUCAUCAAAGGAUUUGGGUUCUCUACUCUCGUAACAACCCUCAUGCAGAUCCCCUACGGAGUCUUGAUUGCCCUGUCGAUUCUGACCUGUGUCUAUCUCAACGACCGAUUCGAGAACAGACGCUGCCUGUUCAUUGUUAUCUUUCUAUUGCCCAACAUAGCCGGAGCAUUUGGUCUUCGGUUUGUGCCCCAAGAUCAAAAAGUCGGUCGCUUGAUCUGUUACUAUUUGACCGGACCGUACAAUGCAGCAUUUGUCUUGGUUCUCAGCAUGCAGAUCGCGAACACCGCUGGCCACACAAAGAAAGUCGUCACCAACGCCGUGCUAUUCCUGGGCUACUGCACCGGCAACAUCGCAGGCCCGUUCUUCUACAAGACAAGCCAAGCCCCAACGUACGAGCUCGGAAUCUGGUCCAUGAUCGUCUGCCACCUGCUCGAGGUUGUCCUCAUCUCGACCCUGGGUUUCCUGCUUCGCUGGGAGAACCGGCGCCGCGAUCGGAUCCAGUCUCAGACCGAGGGAGGCUUGGAAGGGAGAGAUCUCGAUUCGACUGCUUUCUUGGACUUGACGGAUCGGGAGAAUUUGAACUUUCGGUACAUAUACUAGAUGACGGAGAGAGAACGUCCGGGCUGGAAAGUGCUGUCAUGUGCUUCGCAAGUCCUGCGUUGGGCCUUAGGUAUGCUCAUAUGCUCGGUGCAUACAACCAUAUCCGAAACGUAUAGCAAUAUGUAGAGGCAUCAUGUGUAAAUGUGGAAAAAGUAUCUGCGAAGUCUCUCAUCCCAAACCAAAGAC